CGUCGGUCCGCCAGGUCCCCUGGAGCUAAUUGACGUUGGCGGUGGGUCUAGGCCUCCCAUCCCACUGGCCAGCGCGUCGGCUCCCUGUCGAACGGACAAACAUGGCCAGGGGGUUCGCGAGCUGGCCUGGGCUGGUUUCGUUUCGCUUUUAUUUUUCCUGCUCCUGCUCUUCCAGCUCCAUCCCACUCUGCCAACGAAACCCUCCCAAGGUCCUGCCGACGACCGCAUGAUCUUGCCCCGUCUUCCCCAGUCUUCUCAAGCAAGCCGCCCCCGGACAGGCCACGAGCUAUAGGCUGGAGUAGCUAUAGAAUACCUACCCUGCCGAAGCAUAGCUGCCUGCGACGACUGUAGCCAGUAGCCCGCGCAAGUUGCCCAUCGCCAGCGUCGCCUCCCGUCAUCCGUGCAACCAAAGUCAAUUACGCCGGCCAAACAGACCAGCUGCAUCUCAUCACUGUCGCCUGACGGCAGCCUGCAGGCAGGACAUCAACUGCCCGCUGCGAGUAACCGCUUUGGCACUCGGCUUCCUCUGGGCUGAUAAACCUGCGACGGUCGCUGCCCUGCCAUCGCGACCUCGCUUGUAGCAUCCACACCAACGCCACCCACUAGCCGCAUCACGAGCAACAUCUGGCAAAAUGUCCGACGCCGACGGGUUUGAGGUCGUCCAGCGCGAUGAGGCUACCGCGCCCACUCCGACCCCCAAGUCUCCGCCGAAGCCAGCAACCGAAACGAGAAAAAUACCCUCGCCUUCGGCUACCGGUGUGAAAAAGGUGGCCGGUACUGCCACCUCGGGCGUCAAGCGCCCAGGCACAGUAUCUGGGACGGCGACUAGAGCUGCCGGCACCACCGCGCCACGGACCUCGACCGCUGGCAGCACUCUAGCCAAGCCCCCAGCCCGCCCCGCCGCGGGCGCCCCGACGGUUAUCAAGCGCCCCGGCACCGCCUCGACGACCGCCUCACACCGCUCGCAGCCGUCCCAGUCUGAGGAUGAGGCCAAGCGCCGAACGUCCACCGUGUCCGGCACCUCCCGCCGCGUCUCGGCCGCCCCCAGCUCGCCUGCUGGAAAGACGGCGACGACCACCACCGCGGCGCGCAAGCCCCCUAGCUCCACCGGCAGUGCGACGGGCACCACCGCCUCCAAGCCUUCCACAUCGUCCAGACUGUCCACCGCGGGAUCGACCACGUCGGCUGGGGCACCCCGCGGUCUUACUCCCAGGCCAGGUACUGCCACUGGCGGCGCCGUGGCCGACGCCAAGAAACGCCUGUCCUCCGCCGCUGGCGGCCCCGCUCCCAGCGCUACGGCUACGAGCCGCGUCGCUCGCGCCUCGCCCUCGGCCGCAAGCAGCUCUGCAGCCUCUACUGCCCUCGCAGCCGAGAUUGAGACCCUCAAGGCGAAACUGGCGGAGAGCGAGGCCAAGAUUGGGGAGCUCACCAAGCUCAAGACGGAGUCGGAGGACAAGAUUUCCUCUCUCGAGGCGAACGCCGGCGGUAACCAAGAACCCGAGACGGGAGGUCUGGAGGCUCUGCGAACCCAACACGCUAGCGAGCUUGCCGUGCUCGAGGCGCGUGUGUCCGAAACCCAGGAGAAGCUCGCGGCGGCCGAGGCCGAACUUGAGAAGCACAGGUCCGAGGCCCAGGGCCUCUCCAGCGCCAAGGAUGCCACGCAGUCGGAGCUUUCCUCUCUAAGGGAGGCCCUGGAGAAGCUCCAGGCUGAGCAUGCGGAAAAGCUGAACGAGAGCGAGGUAAGCCUCACCAAGGCCACCGAGGAUCACGCCACGAAGCUUGCUGAUCUGCAGCAAUCGCUUGACGACCAGCACAAGGCGGCCAUUUCGGCCCUGGAGGCUAAGCACGCCGAGGACAUGGCCAAGAACUCUGCCGAGGCGGGCGACCACGAGCCUACCGAGGCUUCCCCGAAGGCCACCCACGAAGCCGCCAUCAGCGAGCUGCAGAAGAAGAUAGAUGACCUCACUGCCACCCAACAGGCGCUAGAAGCCGCCCACGAGGUCAAGCUGGUCUCGGAGGCCGAAGCGUACACGACCAAGGCAUCCGCCCUCGAGGGCGAGAUCGCCGAGCUCAAGGCCAAGGUCGAGACGGCUGAGCAGGCCGCUGCGACUGCGAAGGCCGACCUCGAGGCCAAGGCCUCCGAGCUGGAGGCCCUCGAGUCGCGCGUGUCUGAGCUUGAGGCCGAAGUUGCCGAGGCCAAGGCCGCCGCUGCCAAAGCCGAGCAGGCUCUCGCCGAUUCCCAGGCCCUGAUCGAGAAGGCCGCUGCCGAGAACAAGGAGAAGGAUGGAGCUAUCGCGAAGCUGAACGAAGAGCGCGCAGCUCUCCUCGAAAAGCACGAGGCGCAGUUGAAGUUUCUCUCGAAGGAUUUCGAGAAUGAGAUUGAGAGUCUCAAGGGGGAGGCCCACUUCAAGCGCCAAUUCCAAGAGCUUGAGCCUAAGUACACUGAGCUCUCUGCCAAGCAUGAGGGUCUCACCAAGUCAUCGGCUGAGGCAGCUGAUUUGGCUGCCGCUCAGACGAAGGCCCUCGAGGCCGCUACCGCUGAGCAUGCUGCGCUUGUGGAGACACUGGCGGGCAAGGAGACAGAGUACCAAAAGAGCCUGGACGCUCUGCGCGCCAGCCAUGCCGAGGAGCUGGAGAGCGCCAAGCUCGGCGCCACUUCCGACAGGGACACGCACAUUCAGGAGCUCGAUGCUCUCAAGGCGAGCCAUGCGGCACAGGUUGACAAGCUGAAGGCUGACGGCGAGGCUGCGCUGGCCGAGGAGCUCGAGGCCCUCAAGGCUAGCCACGCAGGAAUCAUCGAGCUCAUCAAGAAGGAGUUCGCCACCGAGAAGGAGGGCAUCCUUGCCGACCAUAUGGAGGAGCUCUCAAGCGCUAGAGCUGCUAGCGAGGGCUCAGCAAGCUCAAAGGUCGACGAGGUCAAGGCCGCGCUCGAGGCUAAACAUGCGGUUGAGGUCACCAAGCUCAUGGAGGAGCUCGAGACGGCCAAGACCCUGCAGAAGGAGAUCGACGCGGCCGAGGCUCGGUUGACGGAGGCCCAGGCCGCCCAUACGGCAGCCCUUGAGCAGACCAAGAAGGACAUGGAGGUCAGCCACAGCGCCGAGGUGGAGAAGCUGAUUAGCCUGCACAACGGCACCAUCGAGAGCCUGAAGCAGGACGGCGAGACUACGGCUGCGUCCGGGCUGGAAGCGCUCAAGGCGGAGCACGCCAAGAACAUCCAGGCUCUUAAGGAGGAGCACCUGGCCGCAUCCACGGCACACGCCGCCGAGCUCGACGCCACUAAGAAGGAGCUCGAGGUCGCGAUGGCGCAGGUCAAGUCCGAGCUCGCCAAGGCGCAGGAGGAGAUCGACUCGGUCAGCCAGCAGCUGGCGACGGAGAAGAUGGCCAAGUUCGAAGCGAUGGCGGCCCUCGACGAGACCAAGGGUCAGAGGCCCGACACGUCGGAGCUGGACGCCGUCAAGGCCGAGCUGGCCGCGCUCAAGGAAUCCUCGGCCGCGGCUGCCAAGGCGAUGGAGGAGAAGGCGGCCAAAGCGGCCGAGGAGCUCGCGUCGGUGAAGGAGGACGUGCAGCUCGCGCAGAAGGAGCUCGAGGCGCACAAGCUCGAGGCCGAGGCCAAGGCCAAGACGAGCGCCAAUGACUACAAGGAGAUGCACGACCUGCUGUCUGAGACGGUGGCCGAGGCCAGUAAGAAGGCGGCGGACGCGGAGCAGACGGUCAAGGAGCUCGAGGCGCAGCUCAAGGUAAAGGAGGCGGAGCUGGCCGAGGCACAGCACAAGCAAUAGACCAAAGCACAGCAGCCAAAGGGGCUUGCCGCCAGCAGACACGCCGGGCCUGACGACGAGGGCGACGCCGACGCCAGCGCUUCCGCGUCCAAGGCUGCGGAAGGUGAGGAACAACGCCAGGGUGGCGCGGCCGAUGACGGCGAGCCCGACAACUCUUCUGCGGCAAUAGCUUCGCUAGCUAGGGUGCGCGAGAUUAUCCACCAGGUGUCGGAUGAGGCGGAUGACAUGAGGGAACAGAACCGCCGAAUGCUCCUCACGAUAGCAUCGGCGGAUGAUGAAGUCAGCCCACCAGAGCCGGCCAAGGUCCGGUCCUGAUUUCUCGUUGCAUUCUCCGUCACGACUGCACUCCAUCUUAUGCCUCUUGGUCUCACUGCUUGUUUUUGCUCGGUCUCGGGGGUGGGUUCCGCGGGUGACGGGAAGGUCCAGGUAGCAACGUUAUUGUGUCAUUCAUAUACCCCCCCUCGACAAGCUGUAUUAGUCUCGCUCCUUUCAUGCCGGGAUUUUCUGUCCUUUUCUUCAUCAGGAGGAAUUUCUUGUUCAUCAUCCACGCUGCCUGUCCGCCCUUCUUUUUCCUCAGGCCAUGCAGCACCAUUAUUGUGAUCAGGGAUGCUUCCCUUCUCUUUUUUUUUUCCAUCUAGGUGUUGUUUUAACGGUGGAUAGAUGGGGUGUCGCGAUCGCACCCUCGAUGUGCCAACCCGGGGUUGGUUGGGGGGGUUGGAAGUGUGCUUGCUCUUUUCCAUCGUACUAUUAAUACCUUUUUUUAUUGCUUGCUUCUUGUACAUAUCGACCCUCCUGAACCGUGAGCUGUGCUUGGACCUGACCUUUGAUUGUUUGUUUUCCUUGGGAAUAAACUUUUUGUCUAGGCCCGUAUCGGGAAGGCCUGCUCACGCCCACCACCAGAAAGGCGUCAGUUUUACAGCCCGCUCCCAAAAUCUCAAUAGAAUUUUUAGUGCUGUAAGCUUUCCUAUUCGUAUUCUUUUUCCCAUUGUUAUUCUUAUUAUCAUUCCUAUGUUUAUUCCUAUUUUUAUUCCUGUUUUGAUGCGUAUUUCCAUUCCUAUUCCUCCAAUGAACUAGCUUUUUUUUUGU